GAUGGCGAUUGUGAGGGACAAUCUCCCUAUUCACGAUAUUGUCACGAUGGAUUGAUUAGUGAUUACUUGGAGUUAGCAGUUAGCACAAGGUCAUAAUGAUGGCACUGGCACGAUGGAUUUCGAAGAAUUUUAGACGUCGAUGGAAUUCUGGAGGAUGUCGGAGCUGCGAAUGCCUAGUUUUAUCUUGUUAUGGUGAUUGUGCCGGAGGCGGAGGCAGUAAAGGAACUUGCUGCUACUCGGUUCUCUCUAGAUCUAUUGGGCCAUAGGCUUCAGCCAGCUCUGUGAAGCUUUUGUGAAGAUGGGUACCAAGAAAUGCAGUUACCCUAUUAAUGUAAACCACG